UCACCUCUGUACUCUUUGGCCAUAGCCGACAUUUUGCUACUUUCAUGUUGUGUUCGUUUUAACUGGAUUUAAUACUUUUUUAUGCUUAUCAUCACACAAUAAAAUAAGUAUAACAGAUUCGUGGGGAACCUAAUAAACUUCAGUUUUACUCCACUCUAUCUACUCUUCAAUUGGACUUUCGAAGGAUGAUAUUUAAUUAAAAAUGUCGUCAAAAAUCAGUGGAACCAAUAAUUUCAAGGUAGUGUUAUUAGGCGAGGGUUGCGUCGGUAAGACGUCUAUACUACUGCGAUAUAUUGAAGAUAAAUUUAAUGAUAAACAUCUAAGUACACUUCAGGCAACAUUUCUAAACAAAAAGUUGAACAUAAAUAAUAAGAGAAUAAACCUAUCCAUAUGGGAUACUGCUGGGCAAGAACGCUUCCAUGCAUUAGGUCCAAUAUACUAUCGGCACUCUCAUGGUGCUGUACUUGUAUAUGAUAUAACUGAUGACCAUUCCUUUGCCAAGGUUCAAAACUGGGUUAAGGAGCUUAAGAAAAUGCUUGGUGCAGACAUUGUACUUGUUAUAGCUGGAAACAAAAUAGACUUAGAACAUGAACGAACAGUCUCCUUGGAGGCAGCUGAAAGGUACGCAGAGCUGGUUGGUGCCAAGCACUUCCACACUUCGGCUAAGCUGAACCAAGGAGUGGAGGAAUUGUUUUUGGAGCUCAGCCGCGCGAUGCUUGAGCGAAGCGAACGCGUACCGACGGCCCCGGUGCCCCGCGCUUUGGCUCUUGCUGAAGAUGACGAAACGGCUUCAGCUUCUACCUGUUGCUGGACCACACCUUCAAACUGAUAGUUGUCAACUUAUAAUAUGCUGCUUGCAUAGCCCGAUAUCUGUUAUGUGAAGUUAAUGACCGACGAGAUAAUGUUUGUAUUGUGACUUAUCUCAGUUUAUUUUAAAAGUGAAAUCUGCUAAAUGAUGCUUUACAGGUAUUGGGUUUUUUUUUUAAUUUCAACCAAUGAAAAAUUUCUGAAACAUAUUCCAAAGUGACCACUCAUAAAAAUAUUUUAAUAUUGAAUAGCUAUAGAUAUGUAAAAUAACCAGUUGGUCACUUUCUGCAGAUAUUCCAGUGUUAAUUGAUUUAUUCCUCUUUAAGAUUUUAUAAAGACUAUGUUUAAUAUUAUAUACACUAUGGUUAAUUAGCUUUGAUAAUGCAAUCUUUUUUGUAAAUCACAAAAUAUUCUACAAAAUACCUCUAUGUCGUCAAAGAAAAAAGUAAAUGCCACUUGAUAAAUACUAAAAUAAAAAUAAUUUUGCAACAAUUCUUGUAUGGACGAAACAUAUUCUUGAUGUUCUGUUAUGUAAUGUCUGUUUUGGUGAGAAAAUCUUAAAUGAUUAUAAUAUAAAAGAGUAUUUUGAAUUUGGUUACUUUUAUUUUCAAACAACAUAAAAUUGGAUUAGUUUUGUAAGAAAUAAAUGGCUAGUUGCUACCUGUUUUUAGAUUUAUGGUAAACAGAUCAAAAUGAUGAAUUCAAUUGUGAUUAUGAACAGCAAUGGCAGCAAUAAGAGUGUUUUGCAUUUGCAAAUGUAUAAAAACAUGUAUAUAAUUAGUCAUAUAGUUGUUAUAACUUAUUAUUAAUAAAAUAGACUAUUUAUAAAUGAUUCUGAAAUAAUUUUGAAUGUCUUAACUCAAUCAUAAAACAACUAGAUGGAGAUACACUUCUCGCUUGAUAGGUUGCUUAGGGCUUUGACUGGAACUUUAUAUUGUAAUUAAUUAUUAUUAACAGAAUUAUUUUAUGAGUAUUUCUAUUGAAUUUUUCUUAUCUGGAAUAUAAGAAAUUGUCAUACUGCAAAUUAAUAAUUGUCUAUAAUUGAAUUGUAAAUAUUUCUAUGGAGGGUUAGCAAAUUGUCACAUAAAAUAACCUAACCUUUUAAAUAUUAUUUUUUAUUGACUGAUGUAAUUCUGCGACUCUUGUAAAAAUAUCUACAUUAAAA